AUGGGGUCAGGUGGAGAAGGAGCAGAAGGCGAAUCGCAAGCACUACUGCCGGGACCACCAGGGCGAGAUGGACGGGAAGGACCUCGAGGGAAGCCAGGAAUGCAAGGGGAAGAUGGUCUGCCAGGACCACGAGGGAUACCAGGACCACCAGGUCAACAAGGUGAGCCAGGUAUCAGAGGAGAAAAAGGACCGAAAGGAUUGAAAGGUCCACGAGGGCCACAAGGAACCGCAGGGGCUAUGGGAGCAGGAUAA